AGGAGAUGGUUUGUGCUUCGCAGCGGCCGUUUAACGGGGGAUCCAGAUGUAUUGGAAUACUACAAAAAUGACCAUGCCAAGAAGCCUAUCCGUAUUAUUGACUUAAAUUUGUGUCAACAAGUGGAUGCUGGAUUAACAUUCAACAAAAAAGAAUUUGAAAACAGUUAUAUUUUUGAUAUCAACACUAUAGACAGAGUUUUCUAUUUGGUAGCAGACAGCGAGGAGGAGAUGAAUAAGUGGGUUCGAUGUAUCUGUGAUAUCUGUGGGUUCAACCCUACAGAUGAGGAUGCUGUGAAGCCACCGGUCAGUUCUUUACAACCAUCUGCUGAGUUACCCUUGCCCAUCAAUACUUCACCGCCUUCCAUGCAAGCAGAAUCUUCCCUACCUCCUCCUUAUCAGCUUAUUAACAUCCCCCCACUGGAGUCUUCCUCUGGUCAAGAAGAUCCUCAAGACUACCUACUGCUAAUAAACUGUCAAAGUAAAAAACCUGAACCUAUGAGCCAAGGUUCACCCUUUCUCUCGGAAGAAGGGCAGGAAUACCUGCUAUUAGAAGAUUUUGAAAGUAAAAAGAUUCUACUGCAAUCUCAUGCUGACUCGGCAAAAUCCAGCUCUUCUGAAACAGACUGCAAUGAUAACGUGCCCUCCCACAAAAAUCCUGCUCCAUCAGCGAGCAAGCAUGCUGUGAAUGGCUUUUUUCAGCAGCAAGGUGUCUAUGACUCUCCGCCUUCUCGUACUGGACUGACACUGGCAGACUGCAGCCUUUAUAACCUGCCUAGGAGUUACUCACAGGAUGUUUUACCGAAGGCAGCAUCUCCAUCUGGGACUGAUGCAGAAGGAGAGCAACAUGUUUUCAAUACGCCGUCAGCAACAUCUUCAUUAGACGCACAGAUGAGGCACAUCUCCAUUAGCUAUGACAUUCCCCCCACACCUGGAGGUACUUAUCAGAUUCCACGAACUUUUCCAGAGGGAACGUUGUCUCAGACUUCAAAACUGGAGACUAUUCCAGAUAUUCCUCCACCUCGGCCACCAAAACCUCACCAUGCUGCAGAUCGAUCUCCUGUGGAAACAUGUAGCAUUAGUCGCACUGCUUCAGACACUGAUAGUAGUUAUUGCAUCCCUACAGCAGGCAUGCCACCCUCGCGCAGUAAUACCAUUUCAACUGUAGAUUUGAAUAUCUUUCGUAAAGAAAUUAGUUCUCAAGACUGUUAUGAUAUUCCACGAACGUUUCCGAAUGACAGAUCUAAUUCAUUGGAGGGCUUCCAUAACCACUUUAAAAACAGAAGCAUGUUGACAGUGGGAAGUGUUUCAAGUGAAGAACUAGAUGAAAAUUAUGUCCCAAUGAAUCCCAACUCUCCUCCACGACAGCAUUCCAGCAGCUUCACUGAACCCAUCCAGGAAACAAACUAUGUACCAAUGACACCAGGCACGUUUGAUUUUCCGUUAUUUGGAAAGCAAGUCCCUCCUCCUGCUCACAUGGGUUUCAGGUCCAGUCCAAAGACCCCUCCCAGACGGUCAGUACCUGUUGCAGAAUGUGAACCACCGCCGGUGGAUCGGAACCUCAAACCAGACAGAAAAGGUCAAAGUCCUAAAAUUUUAAGACCUAAACCACAUGGUUUAGAGCGAACUGAUUCACAAACCAUAGGUGACUUUACUACAAGAAGAAAGGCAAAACCGGCUCCACUAGAAAUAAAACCUCUGCCUGAAUGGGAAGAAUUACAAGCCCCAGUUAGAUCUCCUAUCACCAGAAGCUUUGCACGAGACUCCUCCAGGUUUCCCAUGUCUCCCAGACCGGAUUCAGUUCAUAGCACAACUUCCAGCAGUGACUCACACGACAGUGAAGAGAAUUAUGUAUCCAUGAAUCCAAAUCAGUCCACUGAAGACCCAAAUUUGUUCGGAAGCAACAGUCUUGAUGGAGGAAGCAGCCCUAUGGUAAAACCUAAAGGAGAUAAACAAGUAGAAUAUUUAGAUCUGGACCUAGAUUCGGGAAAGUCUACCCCACCUCGUAAGAAAAAGAGCAGUGGUUCAGGCAGCAGCGUGGCAGAUGAAAGAGUUGAUUACGUUGUGGUCGACCAGCAGAAAACACUAGCACUGAAGAGCACACGAGAGGCAUGGACUGAUGGGAGACAGUCUACAGAAUCUGAAACACCUACGAAAAGUGUGAAAUGAAAAUACUGCUUUUUCUUCAAAGAACAGAAAGGAGUGAAUUUUGAAGAAUUACAGAACCACAAUGGCAGUGUUGUUCGACUGUACAGUACCUGAUUCACUGGUGUGUGAAUAGGUUCUUGAUGGAAUAGGAUGGAAGCCAAAGGGCACUUCGAAUAUAUCAAAGGAAUUUUAAGAUCGUAAAUUGGCUCUGUGGUCUCUGGAAAAAUUGCAACCUGUAAAUAACAUGUAAAAUAGUAUUGCUUAGCUUUCAGAAAACCUUUUGUUCUGUAGUUAACACAUUUGUAGUAUUACUAUGUUUAUGCACUUUUUCAGUUACGAUGUUGGUUCAGGUAUUCCCAGUUAGUGUACCUUAACGCUUAAUUCAUCUGGAGAAUUUUUUUUUUCUUUACACUACUAUGCCUUACAAUUUUAGGUUAAUUAAGCUACAUGUAGAUACGGAAAUUAAUAUUUGAACUUCAUUUUAACAACUUAAAAUUGAUUUUUGCGGAAAUACUUUCACAAUUGAAUAAUCUACUUGAAAUGCCAAGAGACGACCGUUAGUUACAUACUUGUUUAUAUUUAAUACACGCAAGAUUAUUUGGAAGUCUACAGGUUACCUUCCUAACAAAAAUUGCUGUGAGUUAAUAAUAAUGAACUGUACUGGGUUUAGACCUACAAUCCUGGCUUAUAUGUUAGUUGUUAGUGGUGGAACUUCUAUUGUAUUUUAUUAAUGACAGUGUUCUGUGUUCAAUGGGUGAAGAUUCUGCAGGGUGGGAUCUUACACUUUUAAAGACUGAAUAAUUAAAUACCAAGUAAGCCUGCAAACCACUGAUGGCAUGCAGUAAUAUUGUGAUCUCACACUUAUUAACAAGAAAUAACCUUUAUAUUAUUUACAGAAGGUAGAGUAUAUAAAUCAGGUACGUACCAAGCACUAUUGUGCUAAUACACUGAUCAGGUUUAGACAAUGAGCUUUAGUUUUGUACUAUUUAGAAGUUCUAAUGUCAGUUUUCAGUUCAAGAUUAAUGGGACAGUUUGACAUUCACUGUUUGUAGUACUAGCAAAAUACUGUGAUUUUGAAUUAGACAUUAAUUCAAAUGGAAAUACUAUGUUUUGACACCAUAGUGCCCUUCUUAUGAUCUCUAUUUUACUUUAAUCUCCUGCUUGGCCUUAUAUUUAAAUCCCUAUGCAACUGAUAUUUUAUAUCUCUGUUUUUAAAAAUUAGAUAAUAUACUUAAAUGAUCCCCUUGUAAACCACUUGUUGCUCUUUCCUGGUACAGGAUUUUAAGCUCUGUAUACUGUGAUCCUUUAUUUUACUAUGCCAGUUCCAAAUAAUAAUCUGCCUUGGUUUA